AAGAAAUUAAUUCCAUAUUUUUAUUUUCUAUAAAAUAAAUAAUUAAUAUAUAAUAUUAAAUAGGUGUGUAACUGUAACUAGUAACUACUUUACCUAUUAGGUAUAGUCUAUAGUACAAGUAGUUGGUACUUAGGUAGUUUAAGCACCUUGGUUUUGUUAAUAUAACAUAUUAUAAUAGCCGUUUUGUAAGUAAAGUAGUAAGACUUCCUUGUUAGUAAAUAACUAUUUGUUAUGCAUUGUUGUUGUCAAACGAAAUUGUGUGUUUUGUGCGACCCUAGAAAUAUUGAUUAAGUUAGAUAUGAUUCUGUAAAAACUGCGGCCGUGAUCAAUCUAGAAGAUGUCCACCGUUAUAGCCAUCGAUCUGUCUGUGUCCAUGCUCAGAGACAUUAAAAUCAAAGAUACCAAAGAGUCCUUCACGUUGCUGCAGUUGGCUACACACGGUGUCAAUGUUCUUUUGGAUUAUUUAGCUGUACACUCCAGACUAGAGUUUGUGGCUGUUGUUACAUUUUCAUCCACUUGUGAUGUCCUGUGUCCAUUUACCCGUGAUUAUGACUUGAUUAAAGCAAAAAUCACACAGUUGGAGUUCAGAACUAACACAUGUUAUCCACCUAUAAUACAGACUAUUAAUAAUUUAGUCCAAAGUGAAUGGUCUAACUCAGUAACCUGCCAAGUCAUUAUGAUUACUGAUGGUAACUGUUAUGAAGGAAUUCGAAAACCAGACAUGACUCCAUUUAUAUUUCCUGGAAAAUUAAUAGUUGUUCCCCUGGAUCAAGUGUCAUCGCUUUACAAAAAUAAUUAUGACUCAAACAAACUUCCAAAUGGCCUUGGAUACAUAACUUCACCUGAAUCACCUUUAACUCCAUCAUCAGUUGCAAAAGUGUUUGAAAAAAUUGCUAAAGAAACAUAUAUACCUUAUUGCGCAGGAUUACGAUGUGGUAAUUUAAAGUCAGAUGUUCUCCUGACCCCCCCUCCUAUGUCUUAUACAAAAGCUGCUGAUUUCGAAAUAAUGACUUGUUGCAUUUCAAGUGAACUAAGUAUAAUUGGAUUUCUAGAGUCCUCGAAAGUAGAAUGCCCAGCAACUUUAUCCCGUCAUCUUGUUUUACCUCAACCAAUUAUAGAUGAGAGCUCGGAGACUUAUGAAGCAUCUGCAAAAACUCCAUCUUUUUGUGUAUUAUUACACGGAGCUUUAAAAGUAGAAAACAUGACAGCUGUUUGUCAGUUAAGUUCUAAUUGGUAUGGAUUAUUGGUUAGUUGGGCAGACAAUAAAAAAAAAUCAAAUUUAAUGUUAAUUAUUCUUGAACCUGGUACAAAUCCUAUUCCUUGGUUAGGCGAUAUUCGAAAUCUUACAUUAUCACCAACAGAAUUAAAUAAAUCAGAUGUCGAUGAAACACCAAUUAAGACUCCUGAUAAACGUAGUUAUAACCAGUCACAAUUGGUGUGGAUCAAAGAAAAUGGUCUUCAAGCAGACAUUCAAAAAAUUUUAAGACAAGCAAGAAAGAUGCCAGAUAAAAUUCCAAGCUUUUAUAAGGAAUUAAAUCGAAUUCGGAAAGCCGCAAUCGCUUACAGCUUCAAUGAAUUAUUAACCAGUAUUGCUGAGUUAUUGGAACUAGAAUGCAGCAAUUUACCGGGUGGUACUCAUCCAGAUUGUGCACUACAAUUAACCCAUGCUGCUAUAGAAUUGCGAAAACCUCUUGCUAUGGAUCCCAAACUCACAAUCGUUCCUAUGACAACAAAAUAUGCUCAGCAUGACCUUAUGUAAAAUUCAUUAAUGAACACAGCAUUGUAAAUUAUAAGCUAUAACAUAAUGAAUAAUGAUUAAUUUAUGAAUAUUGUAUUGGGGUAUUAACAUCAAAUUAGCUUAUAAAGUUUUGUAUUUUAUAUAUUAUGUAGCAAAAUGUCAAAUAUAUAUUUUUUAUUUAGUCUAAA